CCGAGUUUUAGACGGUACAAGCUCAAGCAUCAAACACGAAGAAGAGGUUCUCAUUUAUUGUUAGAUCUAAAAUCAUUGCAGCGAAUCAGUGGUACCAAAAAUGUAUUACGCUGGCGUCAUAGAAUCCAGAAGGCUAGAAGCUGAAAAUUUGAGUGAAAUUGGCAGCCGAAAUAGGAGACUCUUGGAACGGAAGUCCUUGAAAAAACUGUGUCUCUUGUCCGCCUUUCAAGAUGCAAGUCGGUCAAUUCUCAACUUAACAGACGAAAAAUUGUCACCUGCACUUCGAGCGGAACUGCUGAUCCACCUAACCAUGCAAGCUAUAGAGCAGUCGCAUUUCGCGCUAAGAAAAGUCUAUUUUGAUGAAGCUGCCAAGCACCUAUCAAAUCCAGACAAAAUAGACUCCAGUAAGGAUUUUUUCUCCCGAUUGCCCGAGCUGCACAAUGAAGCUAUUGAGAGCAGCGAACCUAUGCACAAGGCGAAACUAUUGACCAUACUGAAUCACUUGUUGGAUGGCUCAGUCAGAAUUUUCGACUUCCAAGUGUUUCCCCAAUCCCAUGAAGAGAGCGAAAUGCAGAUUUGGAGGAUGCUCAGAGAAAAAUGCACCGGCUUAGAGCGAGUGAGUGACUCGCGGUGGUCGGCAGAAGAAUGUUUUAGACUGAGCGAAACGUCAUUAUUUGAUUUAUCAAGACCUAGUCUGAAAACUGUCCUGCCUUUCAUUACUGGCAUGGAGAACUUGCUCCAUCUAGACUUGCUGCGAUAUGUCGUGACCAUGGACGAGGAAAUGGAGCUCAUCGCACGUCACCUGCCAAACCUGCAAACUCUGUGCCUCACUCUGCAGAGGACGAGCUUUGACCUCAUGGCCAGCCUAUUCAAACUGCAGAAUUUGGAAGUGCUGAAGUUUUCAUGGCUCAUCAACUCUGACCUUUUUGACGUCAGCAAAAUAAAAUUUGCCCAGUCGCAACUUGUGAAUGAAUGCUUGUUGCACCUCCCACGACUACGAAUCUGCUGCACAGACAAUUCGCACUUGACACUCGCGUCUGGUUUUCAUGAGAUCCACUUUCUUUACCAACCGAUGAAAACACUGCCUCUCGAGUAUCUCCGCUUGUCUAAAGUUGCAUUCCCCUUUGAACUGACACCAUGUUUGUGGAACUUGUGGAUUGAAAACACUCGCGAAUACGACUUUGCGAAGUGUCCUCCCGUCGAUACGCUGUACCUGAUUCAUAAUAGCUGUUUGGUCGACCACUUGGCCUUGAACACUUUUGGUGAUUGGCUGCAUGAGCUCUUUAUCAACAGUCGCACCAACGAAUUCGACCCUUUCGACCUCUUCAUGACGUGUACCCAGCUGCGGAAAGCUGUUUUCCAGUUUAAGACUCGCAUUAUUCCUGAGGCGAACGAGGGAAUGUCAGAGGCAGCUCGGUACUUGGACGACAGAAGCGGAAUAUUCAAGGCUAAUCCUCCCCAGCACCCCCAAAACGACAGCAGAGUGUUUCUGUCCUUCUUUCAGCACCUGCGUUAUUUUUUUUACCAACACGAAAGUUCCAAGUUGUCUUCUGAGUUCGUGACGCAUGUUUUGCAGGCUCCGAAACUGGAAUAUUUUUUAGUCUACGAUGAUCUUUUGCUUCAGCCCGAAGACCUGCUUUUGCUGACUCGACUUUUGACCGAGAGGAAAAUCCUCCAAGAGCUCCAACAUUUUGAAUUCGGUUGGAAAAGCCGUGAGCAUUGUGACAUUUUCGAAAAGUUCCUAGCUCAACUUCCUGUUUACGCUCCCAAAUUGAAAUUUCUGAAAUGCCGGGUGUCCGAAGAAAUGUUCAAUCAAUUAUAUUAUUCGGUCCUGCCGUUACUAAAGAUUCCGAACUUUUUCUACAACAUCCCCUUGAAAUUUGAUUCAGACAUGGAGAAUUUGGAUGGGUAGAGAACUUAUACAUCGAUUUUUUGAUUUAUAUAAUAAUUUUUUAACACAAAUUGAAUAUACAAAUUCCAAACUGAAAAUUCGCGGGCAAUAAUUUAAUUUAGAGCUCAAUUUUUUUUAUCAAAUAUUCUUCAGGAUUACAAGAAGAAUUUUAAGCAAUAGCGUUUACUGGACGGACAAAUGUAUUUCAAGAAUCAAAAUAUAUACUAUAGGGAGUUUGGCGUAGAUUUUUCUUUGCAUGCGUCAGCUCAAAUGCGUAAUUUUGUGAUGGUUGUUGUAUUACAGAGGGAAAUUGUGAUUGAUCGGAUCUCAUCUAAAUUUUUUCAUUUAGAAUCAUUUAACUUUUAAAAUUAAUCGAUUUGAUACAGGGCAAAAACUAAAAAUUAGGAUAAAUGGUGAUCAAUUUUUUACUCUCCAAUGAGCAUCAAUUUAGGUCAAAAUUCAAUUUUCGCCAAAUUUAUUUAAAACUUACAGCGCUUGAUGCCAUAUUUUUUUGGUUGAUUUCGAUUCACCUCGUCGAGAUCUAUCGAACUGUGAAUUACAAUUUUUAAGGAAACUCGUAACUGUGAAAUAAAGUAAGAUUUCAAGUAGGGAGACAGUCCUCGCCAUUUGAAAAGUAUGAUAACUUUGCAGCUACUUUUUUAAAAUAUGUACGAUGCGAUAAUAUACUACCUAGACUAGUUCAAUUUUGGCUUUGACUAACCUUAUAUGGAUAGGUUUUUGCAUUGGCAACAGGGAUUUUCCUUGCUUUGCAAUAUCAAUCCUAUAUUAAGCGUAUUUUAUUCCUGUAUUUUCCGUAAUAUUUUUUUAUUUUGUUAAAUCCAGCCAUAAUUUUUGCUCUUUUGAAAGUUGUUAUUAGCUACUAUUAUCUUUAAGUGAAAAUUGCUUCCUACAAUACUUGACGGCCAUGUAUCGAACCUGAGUCAAUUAUCAAUUAAUAAAGAAAACAACGUCGCAACA